UUUGUUUUGAUUUGAUAGUGAUAGUGAUUUUUGCGAUUGAUUGACGCGAAUGUUUUUCUUUGUUUUUGUUAAUUUAUUUAAGUUAUUAAAGAAGAAAUAUGCAUAAUUUGCCAAGAAGAAAAGUAGAUGUAAACAUAAGAAGUUUAUACAUAUUCAAUACAACCUAUGGUCUCAAGGAGGGUGAGGAAAAGGAGAAAAUUCUCUUUUAUCAUCCAAAAGAUAUUGAGCUGAAUACUAAAAUAUCAGAUAUUGGAUUGAGUCAAGCGUUUACUACAUUCACUGAUACCUUUACCGACGAAAGCGGAGGAUGUGAGGUAAUACACACCGAAAAAACUGUGCAGCUGUUAUAUCAGGCUGAGCCAAACUUUUGGCUUGUUCUGGUCCUAAAUGUGCCAAAAGAAAUGUUGGCCAAAGAUGGCAUUGAUUAUCCCGAAUACCAUGCGUAUGAAUUGCAUGAUGACAUCUAUCGCAGAGUAUUGAUUAUGGCCUAUGAGCGUUUUCGCAUGGAAGAGGGUACAUUUCAGAUGAUUUUACAAGAAAAUCCAGAGAAUGGCCGUGAAAUAUUAAUUGAGAAAUUGGAGGAGUUUUUCUUUAAGUAUAUAUCGUCCCUCAAAUUGCCUGUUGAUGACAUCUUUGGGUUUACACGAACAUUGCAGUAUUUACCUUUGGAUAAAUUUUUAUUUUUACGAGUUCAUAACUUUAUCGAAUCUUUAAAGUCAACAUAUCCAACCAUUAUGGACUCACUAUUCCUUUACAAGGACACUGUAGUAACGUGUGGUCGUUUUCAUUCCUCCCAACUAUACACGUUGCAUCAAUACGUGCUCGAACGUUUGAAAAUACAAAAUGGAGAAUGCUCAAAUCGAGAAACAAUGCACAGCGUGCACAAGUUAUAUAUCAAUAGUAAUGGCACAGUGGAACCCUAUCGCAUGGUUGCCUACCCCUCAACCCAGGUGACUUUGUGUCUGUUCUUUAAACACCAAUGCAACGAUAUAAGCCAACAAUAUCUAGAAGAUAUUGGCAGUGCACUCAGCACACAAAUCUAUGUUCUGGCACGUGACAUCGAAGAUUUCCUAGCCAAGCCAGGAAAUGGAAGUGUUAAAAAUCAACUCUUAGCCAAUACCGACAGCGAAUAUGGAGCAAUAAAAUACCUCUUUGUAAAUGAUCAAAGUCUCAAAAUGAUAACAAAUUUCGAUAACGAUAUGCAGCGCAAUGCAAACUUGGCUCAAAAUAUUCUCAAUGUUAUAGCCGAUUUAUUCACUCUGCCAGAGGAUCAAGAUCCUACAUCUGGCAUUCCCAACCAGGAGGAGGUGAUGGUGAAGUCAACCGAUGACUUUUGGGUGGUGAAGAGGCGAGGUAAUUGGCGCCAGCGUUUUGUGAUUGUCUUCAGUACAAAGCCCACACUUCUAGACAUGACUAAAGAAGCCGAACGCAUAUUUGAUCAAGACAUUAAAGAUGGUGUAUUCUCUGACAAAUAAACAAUAUAAUUAAAUAAAUGAAGGGCGUUUUCCAAUUAAAUCUA